CACGAAUGUUGUUGCUAAGGGCGUAGGCAUUGUGUCUGAGUGUGUGUGUGUGUAUGUAUGUGUGUUUUAAUAUCUUCCUCUGUCUUCAUCACCGCCAUGGAUCCUCCUGCUUCAGAACCGGAUCCGCUCAUCACCAACUCCCGCAUGGAGACGACAUAUCACGGAUAAGGAAGCAACCCGGUCUCCGUGCAUCACUCCCUCUUGCAGCCCUGUACUUGAACGCACCACUCGGAGACAGACAGAUCCGAUCAGAUGCAUUUAAAUUAAUAAGUCAGACUUUAUUUAACUCAGCCUCCACCGGGCGUUAACCCUGCGCUCCCCCCCGGCUUCAUAUGGCUUUUUACCCGCGGAUCAGCUUCAGGUGAAAAGCUGUGAUCAUCAUCUGCUCCAGUCAGACAUGGCAGCGCGCACAUCAGAGCCGCUGUGUCAGCCCUGUGUUUACCACGAAGCCUUCAAAGUGGAGCUACAGGUGAGGAGACCUCUGAUGCCUGUGCAGCUGGGUCCGGAGCAGGUGGGCCUGGAGAUGCUGUGUCUCUGUGGGCAGCUGGACCUCCUCAUCAGGGCACAGAUGCAGCAGUUCCAGGAGCAGUUGGGACAAGGCUGCAGUCCAGAGGAAUCAGACACUUUCCAGGCUCAAGGAUCAGAUAUUCUCGACCAGAUGCUGCAGUGCCUCGAACAUCUACCAAAGCCUAUGCCACAGCUGGAGGACUACCUGGACAUGAUGGGCCUCUCAGCCAUGUUUCCUCGUGUAGAGGUUUUCCUUAUUCAAGGCAGCCCCGUGGAGAUGUUGGAGAGGCCGCCAAUGGACGAUUACUUCUACCACAUCGCCAAACUGAACCAACUCUUGGUGCUGAGUCAGCAGCUGGAAGAAGAUAUCCGACACCUUGGAAGUCAUAAAUACAUCGCCCACCAGCUCUCGGUCAUAUAUCAAGUCAUCAGCUCUUUCAGGGGAAUUCAGGUCUUCUCUGAAAUAAAGAAAGAUAUUGAGGCCAACUUCAAACAGAUGAAGCAGUCUCUGGUGAACGACGAAAGCUCCAGGCAUGAGCCUCAGCUGGCUGCUCACUACAUCAACUGGAUAUUAGAAAUAACUCAGAGCUUAACGUCGGCGGUGCUGUCGCUGCCGGAGGAGCUGACGGACGACCUCCAGCAGGCCGUGACCUUCGUGUCCCAGCUCCUGUCCUGACUCUGUAUCUACGAGCCCUGACGUUCUGAUGCAGCGUCUCCAGGAGUCUCCUGCUUCUAAAUUAACUGAUGAUGGCGCGACUGUGAAGAUUUGCUACAUGGGUGGAUUGGAAAGCCUACUUCAUUUAGAAAUCAUCUAGGUUUUUAUAUUUCCCUCCCGAAUGUGACUCGUGUAUUUACAUGUGGAGAGUCUGCUGUUUGGAAAUGAAUGUAAGCUUGAAAUAUCCCUCCUUGCACUACUGUUAAUAAAAACUACUGUUGUCAUUUUUUAAACCUAAAGUGAAAUAAAAAAAAUGAAAUGCAAUAGAAAGGUGUGUUUGUCGGUCAUGGGACAUGUUUGCUUCAUCGGGUCGAUGUGAUCAUAAUGACACACAAUUUUACAUGUUCAUUUCAUUAUGGCACGGUGGUGCAGUGGGUUCUGGGUUUCAACCUGACCAGGGUGAACCCCACCUCUCACCUGAUGUCAGCUGGUAUUGGCUCCGAUAAUAGAUAAUGGAUGGAUCAAUAAAUAAAUAAUUUUGUCUAUAUGA